AUGACGUUGGAUGGGUCAUGUGGAGGCACCAGUGGAGGCUUCAACUGUGCAAUUGAAUUCCUGGGAAAGUAUGGAGCAAGUGCCAUGCCACAGCACUGCACUUGCACUGACCUUAAUCAACAACGUCUCUGCAAAUCCUCUCAGCCCCAUCCUCAUUCUCAACCUUCCAAACUCAAGCAAAGCCAACUAGAAAAUCCAUUUCAGUUAAAUCAAUCUCAAUGUCUUCUUUACGAAUCUUAUCAGCCUCAUUUUGUUCUACCUCCCCCUUCUUGUUCGUCUUUAAAGAGAGUCAACGCCGCCAUCCACGUCCCCAAGCUCCCAUCAGUUCCUUUCUCGCUUCCAAAAAUACCCCCAACAACAGCCAAGCUGAUUCAGGAACUCAAUGGAUCCAUACACACAGUAAUUCCAUCAGACAAUAAAGAUGCUACAACCACUCAAACCUAUGUUGAUUUGUGCCAACCCAGCAAGUCCAAGGCUACAAUUCAACUGUAUGCAAUCUUAGAGGCUGUGGCUGACAGAGUUGAAAUGCAUAGAAACAUUGGCGAGCAGCGCAACAACUGGAAUUCCCUACUUCUGAAUUCAAUCAAUGCGAUGACCCUCGCCGCCACAACCAUGAUUGGUCUCACCACUACUAUUGACGACACAACCGCACCAACGUUAGCACUCAAAUUGUCGUCUACCCUUUUGUUAUCUGCGGCCACAGGGUUGCUUCUCAUCAUGAGCAAGAUUCAGCCCUCACAGCUUACCGAAGAACAACGAAAUGCCACUAGGUUGUUCAAGCAGCUUCAGACUGAAAUCCAAACCACAUUAGCUGUUGGAAAUCCUACUGAGGAAGACGUCAAGAUUGCAAUGGAUAAGGUUUUGGCUCUUGACAAGGCUUAUCCUCUUCCACUCUUGGGAACCAUGCUUGAAAAAUUCCCUUCCAAAUUCGAGCCUGCUGUCUGGUGGCCUAAAUCUAAAACUAACGAUGUCGUCAAAUCCCACACCAAAACGAAUAAUGGAUGGAGUCCGGAACUGGAAACGGAAAUGAGGCAGAUUCUUGAGGUGAUGAACAGAAAAGACAUGGAGGACUACGAGAGGCUAGGAAACUUGGCUCUCAAGGUCAACAAAACCUUGGCCGUAUCAGGUCCUUUGCUCACUGGGAUUGCAGCUUUAGGUUCUGCUUUAGCGAGCCAUGGCUCGUCCUGGCCAGGCAUUGUGGCGGCCAUGGCUGGGUCCUUGGCGGCUUCUGUGAAUGCUUUGGAGCACGGUGGCCAAGUGGGGAUGGUGAUUGAGAUGUACAGAAACUGUGGUGGAUUCUUCAAGUUGCUACAAGACACCAUUGAUAAAACGCUUGAAGUGAAAGACUGCGCGAAAAGAGAGAAUGGCGAGCUUUUUGAAAUAAAGGUGGCGAUGAAAUUGGGAAGAAGCGUUUCGCAGCUCAGACAGCUUGCCUCCAAAUCCGCUGCCUAUGAGUCUGAAGGAAUUGCUAUGGAUGAAUUUGCUAGCAAGCUCUUCUAAGAAGACUUAUUUUUUUCAUUAUUUGAUGUAUUCAACUUUAUCCUAUUGGAUAAAAACAUUAUUUUAUUCUUUAUUGUAUUAUAGCUAGUCAUCUAACUUAGGAAUUUGACAAAGAAGAAAGAAUUUGUAUAAAUCAAUCUUCAUGAUAUAGUCAUUCAACCAUUUUAUUGUCCCACAA